AUGGCCGCAGCAACCGUCGAAACUGUCGGCGAAAAGCUGUCCACCAUAAAAGUCAACGGCGUGAGACCAUCGGAAAAAGCAGUGAGAAAAGUGGCCGGAAGGUACAACGUGGAAUUGGGAAACAUCACUACGCACAAUGUCCUGGUGAAUUUUUUGAUAAUUUUCCUCUUAUUCAUAACCUUCAUUUACAGCAACUGAAAAAGCUGAAUGAAGCGGUGUUUCCAGUGGCUUAUAACGACAAGUUUUACAUUGAGGUUUUUUUAUAUUUUUUUCUUACACUAAAGAAUUCUGGAAAUGAAUUUCUUUCUGUACAUAAAAAAAUUUACCAAAAAAAUUUUUGAAUAUAGUAAAAAAAUCUGAAUACAAUAACUUCGAUUUGAGCCGAUUUGAACAUUAAAAAAAUGAUGAGAAACGCUCUUUGUAUCACUCAAAAAGGCAAAAAAAUCACGGAAAAAUUUUUUUAUUUCUUGCAUUGGUUAAUUUUAAAAGUGGAUAUCAAAAAGAUCUUUGAAAAACAUACCUUUUAAAUUUUUUUAAGUACCUGAAGUAUUAAAAAAAUUUAAAAAGGUCCGUUAUGAAUUACAGGUGACUUCUGCUGGAGACUUGGCAAAAAUAGCUUAUUUCAACGACGUCGUUGUUGGAGCCGUUUGCUGCCGUUACGAGACAAUGUGUGAUGAGAAGUCGCUCUACAUCAUGACUCUGGGAACACUGGCACCUUACAGAAGGUUUUUUUUUGUUCAAAUUACUUUCAAACUUUUCGGGCAAAGUCGGUAUUGUGGAUAGUGGCCGCUGAAAGAGACGGGCUCAAAAAAAAGGCCGCAGAAAGGCAGCAAAAAGAGUUUUUUCAUCAAGUCUUCGUGUUUUCUAAAAUUUUAUGGUUCAGGAAGUGGUGGAAAAAAGAGAGCCAGUAGAAAAGGCUCAUGAAAAUCUAUAAAAUGGCGCGAAAGGGCAGCAAAGAAGGAGCCUUUUUCACCCCAAACGGAACAUUUCUAUGGAAAUUUUUCCCACCUUUUCCGACGGAACAAAUUAAAAAGUCAUGUUAUUUGAAAAUCAAAGCUUAGAAAAACUGUGUGGGGUCUUUUUUCCCACUAUGACCUGUUGAUAUAGACAAAGAUGAGCGUUUCUGUUUUUGAUAAAAAAUUUUUGUUGCAGAUACGGUGUUGGAAAGCUGCUUCUUGACCACGUCUUUGAACACUGCGAGAAGGAUCCAUCUAUCAAACGAAUUUGUCUCCAUGUUCAGGUAGGAUAUUUCUUUUCGAACUUAUUGAGUGCUUCUGAAAAAUUAAACAGUAAGAUCUGAAUAGCCAAAAAGUCCUUUCUAUCUGUUUUGGAAAUCCGUUUUUUUAGAAUGUACAUUUCUUAGAAUAAGUUUUAUAAGAAGCAUUUGAAUAUAGAUUUUGGAAAGUUUAAUUUUUUAGAGUUGAAAACUUCUUUAUCUUCCUUGAAAUGAACUUCAAAAUCGUUCGAAUGCAGAUCCCUAAGAUUAGUUCCCAAAAUUGGCAUUUCGGUCGGAUCAUUGCAACUCAGAGGCCCUUUAUUGCUCUGAAAUUAGAGCCGAUUCGAUUUUUAAAAAGCGAUUGUGUCAAAAAAAAAUUUGGAAGCCAGUCGAAAUCUUCUAUUGAAAUUCUGAAAAUAUUUUCUUCAAGAGCUGUUAAUUUUAAAACUUGUUUCAGGUCAACAACACGACUGCUCUUGAGUUCUACGACAAACAUGGAUUUGAAAACAAAGAACUUUGUCAAAAUUAUUACCGCCUAGAACCAAGCGAAGCUUACCUUCUCGUCAAGAAAAUCAACUGA